AUGGAGCUCCCAACGAUUGAGCAACUGAACCUGCAAACAAGUCCAUCCGAGAUCGAGGAAUGGGUCGAACGAUUCGAGCUGUGGUGCAGCAUUCGCAAAGGUGAUCUGUGGGCAACACGACGACCUGAUGAAAGCCACUUCCAGCGAAUCAGUCACAUUAUUCCAACGGCAGAAGACACGACCAAAUCGACCUCCAUUGCCCAAGUGUAUACCGAAGCUGCAGCACGACUCUCCAGGCAACGAGAAACGUAUCAAUCCCUGUUUGUCAUGUGGAGCUUACNGCUUACCAUCUGCGCCCCAAUUGCCGCUUCCGAAAUGCCAAGUGUCAUGCAUGCGGAAAACUUGGCCACAUUCGGCGUGUGUGUAAACAACCCCGUUGUAAUCUUGCACAAUCAACUGCUUCGAAUGACACAAAGCUUGUGCCCUCUCUACGAUCCGAAAGCCAACGCACUCAAUUCCUAUACACAGAUGUGA